AUGGCGACUACCACCAGUCCUAGCCAGGAACAAAACGACGACGAGCCAGGUAAUGAUGGGCAGCUGUCUCCUCGCGCAGGUCAAUUGUCGUUCUUUGAGAAAUUGCCCGCUGAGAUUAUUCAAGAUAUUGCGUCUUAUCUCUCAGCCCCAGAUCUCGCCUGCCUCGGUGCCACUUGCCGGGCCCUCGUCGAUCAUGCAUCAAAUGACUUGCUAUGGGCUAACCUUGUGAACACAAGACUGCCUGCUCCUAUCCAAGACUCAGGUCCCUUUGGUUCAUUUCGUCGUCUCUAUCUUGCAUAUCACCCCUAUUGGUUCAUUUCUCAGCACAAGAUCUGGUUCGCAGACAACGAACACACGGGGAUGCUGAUCAUAGCUCGAUAUGAUGAUCGCCGGGGUGUGAUUGAAGCAUACCGUGUCGUUGCAGAACGUGGCACUCCUCAAUUUCAAAUAUGGAUAUCACAUCCAGAAGUUAUGAUUCAGUCUUUUGAACCCCGUGUACAUCUGGUGUUGGAUGAUCCUGUCUUGUUUCUCAACGACCCUAAUCCGUCCUCCCACACAGCCCCAAUACAAUCCUUUCAAUCAGUGCUAGAGGAACAACGUAUGCCCAUGGCUUUGGAUGCCCGGAAUAUCUACACCUCGCUGUCGCCUUGCUCAGCAUUUAGCCCUCGAGGACAGUGGGUCAAAACCAAUGCGCUUUGGCCACCACGAACCAUCCCGAGCAAUACACGCACAGUUCGUGCUUUGAAGGACUCACAACCGCCAAUACUGAAAAGUUUGUCGGAAUUGUCGGAAUCGUUCUUCCGUGUCAAGAAAUGGGCGAGCCCGGGGUAUAUGUCGUCGCCAGUACCAAACGAAGUGAGCCUAACUUACUCAACUCUCGAUCCCGCCCUUUACACUCCCACUACAGAGAAACCCUACCAGGGGAUUUGGGUUGGAGAUUACUCAGCUCAUGGGUGUGAAUUCCUGCUUUUUCUGCAGAAAGACAUAACGCCCAUAGCACACGGUGAUGAGAACGAGUCGCAGAUAAUGGACACGCAGGACGAGGUCGAACAUGACACCAAGGAAGAUAUUGGACAGCGAGGUUCGUUGCAAGCCGUCAAGCUGACAGGUGACCCCAAUGUUCCUCGUGGCCAGUUCUCGUUUGUUGCCGAAGACAUUGGCUCCAGAGGCUUGAUUAGUGUCGAGAUGGAAGAGCCUUUUGUCGGCGCCCGAAUUGUGCGUUGCCGCGGUCAUGUAGCCGGACUUGGGUUCCGUGACGACACCUACAUUGACUCACAACUGAUCCUUAUUUCUCCUGAUCACAUGGCUCAUUACUGGAAGGAAAUGGGCCAUGUCUCUUAUUUCCGCCGUGUGGACAUUGGCGCUCUACUACAACAUAUGUAG